AUGAUAGGACCUGGGGCAUGGGCACAGCACUGUGAACAUGACUAUGGAGCUUAUACCUACUGCAUGGGUAUGUACGAUACUGUGUUGGAAUUUUAUGUAGAAGUGUCCUCUAAUUCAAGUAUAUAGAACUGAACUGUUGUAUGUUGCACAUGAGUUUUAAAUAAAGUUUUUACUUUAAUAAAUGGCUGUAUUUAUCUGCUUGUAUUCUCAAACACCCAGUUGAUUUAUAAAUGUUCUUAUAAAUGGAUGGGCUCAGUCUUGAAAAAAUAAAACGGAAAGUUCUACUUUUUACCACUAGAUGGCAGUAUAGGAGCACUGACAGUCCAGCAGGAGUUUUCCAAACUAUAGUGUGUGUACCAAUGGUGGAACAUGAGCCUCACCUGGUGGUACCCACAGACUAGGGGUGGGCAAUCAUGUGCAAUGGAGGGCCGAGAAGUUGCAGGUUUAAUUUCCAACCCAAAACUCCCCCAGGUGAUUUCACUGAUUAGUCCCUGAUCUCUGCUUGGAGGUAAGAUAAUCAGUGAAAUCACCUGGUGGAGUUUUGGGUUGGAAAGAAAACCUGCAGCCUCUUGGCCCUCUAUGGCACAUGAUUGCCCACCCCUGCCAUAGACUGUAUAUAGAAUUGACAGCAUCUAUCUCCUCUCUGGGUGAAGCCACUCCGAGAACAGCACACUCUGUUGAUGGGCUGCAGUAUAGGUCAUAAAUCCUGCCUCCACCAGCUAAGCUUAUGGAGCUGUGGACAAUCUUAAGAAAUUUAUUACACAGAACAUAAAAUUUUCUCCCCCCUGCUUGCAGUGUUGACAUGUAGUUACUGUAAGACUGGUUUGUGCUCAAGUCCUCUUUUUUCUGUGCCGCUCCGAUUUUAAAAGUUAUAAGGGGGUUCAUGUUUUCUAUGAUUGACACCUGAUACAGCCUGUUGGCAUUCAGGGAUUCCUUAGCUCUCCCAGGGGAUACACUGUUUGAGCCGAGCGUCAUCACAGCGACUCUCGGCGACUGCGCGCCUGAAUGCGCGCAUCCCUACUGCGCAGCGCUGUUUUCAGGAAAUGAAGAAAAAAUCCCGGAAAUACUGAGAGCUUUUUGGCUUCAAAUCUGUAUACAGGCAGGAGGCGGAACCAAGUUGUCCAUAGUAUAUGAAGUCUAUGGGUGGUGCCCAUAGACUGCAUAUAGAAUGGACACCGUCUGCCUCUUUGCUCACCAUCAUCACCUCUCAAGACUUCUGCAGAGAGAAACAUGUACAUUACAUACCAUAUAAAGUAACUUUGAAAACUUUCAGGGUCAGAGCUCCUCAAACUUCAGACAUUUUCAGCAGUGCAUGUUUGAAAGAGUAUCUACAGUUCCAGUUGUUGUUUCUCUUACAUCUGAUUGGUUAAUGCACAGUCACUCUCGAGGCAGCUGUUGGUCCGAGUUAUCUUUCAUUCCGCUUCCUCACAUUCAUGGACUCAGUCAACACCCAUGAGUAAACUCCUUCUCUUUAUUCAUCACAGUGUCUCCAUUGUCUACAAUGCCACUACGAGAACAGCACCCUCUGUUGACUGGCUGCAGUAUAGGUCAUAAAUCCCACCUCCACCAGCAAAGCUUAUGGAGCUGUCCAACAAAAAAAAAAACUUAGAAAGUACAAAUCAGUCCUGAUCAAGGUCCUGGUCAAGCACUGGGGUCUUGCAGGAAUCUGAAAGUUGGCAGUUUAAAAUCAUUGAGUCAUAUUUAAUGAUUCAAAUAAACAGUAACUAUCACCUGCCAAACUACAGUGUAAUUAUGCCAACAAUAGGAUUUAUGCAAUUGCUGAGUCAACAACAAGCUUUUCGUCUCCUGUGUGAGACAGUUAAUCCCGCCUUCUACACCUAAACCCUCCAGUUUUGUGAAAAUAGUCUGAGGGAUCUGGAACCAACAUCUGGCUUUCUAAACCAGCUGCAGACCAGAGCCAUGUGAGGACAGGACUACAGAGUAAUCUGAUACCGUUUGAACAGUUCCACCCUUUUUUAGAGUUACAUCAUUCAUGUUUUACAGAUUUUUCUUGAAAUCCUCUUCUCAGAUUUCAAUUUAGGGGUGUGCUCCUCUUGACCAGUCUUUGCCCUUCACACCCGCCAUGUUUUUGCCAAAACAUGACUCUCAUUCCUCGUUGGUUAUGUCAGCGUGUGAGCAUGAGGCUGUAUCUGGACAGUCACUGACCCGCAAAAUAAACCUAAAUGGUGUGUCUUAAUUCCCAAAUUCCUAUCAUUUGGAACAAAACAGGCUUAUGCAGGUUUAAAACACUUUAGGUCUGAUAAAAGCAGGAUGAUUGUUGUUCAUGAAUUCAUAUCUGAUCUGGAAACAGACUGUUUUAAAACACAGGUUUGAGCUGCACAGUGUUAGGCACAAUUGGAGAGUGAAAAUGGUGCAAAUUCAAGCCUGACUGGUUCAGUUUAGGACAUAGUAAAAUGGCUCAUAAAUACCAGAAGUACCUCCAAUGCUAAUAACAGACUCACUUAGUCUGGUCCUUGACUUCAGAGCUACAACAAGCUGUGAAUUCAAACUGCUAUCAUGUCCAAAAAAUGAUUCAAUUCUGGGAUUAAAUCACGCUCUAAAACAUGUGCAUGUGCGUGUUUCCACAUGUAAGUCAGGAGGUACUGUAUUUCCAGUCAGACUAACAAGCUCAUUUUACCUCACUCGGCGUAAAGGUUUCCUUAAUUCCAUCACAGACUCGGAUGGAAAGUGUUUUCUCCUGGCUCUGCUGUUACAGGCCCAGAAAAUAGUGACUCAUAUCGUUUGCUAGAGGCUGCAGUCAUUUUUUCCGACGACUUCAGGCAGCAGAGGAGAGCCGCAGCCCUCACACAUACACACCGCUUCUGCUUCUUCUGCUUCUUCUCUGCUGGACUCUUCUUUGCAUGGUAAGACCCACUACACACAUGAAGUUAAAGUUAAAAAGUUACAUAACAGAGGAAAGAUAUUUGCAUGUUUUAAAUCCACUGUGUUGAGUUUGAGUGUUGGUUUGGUUCUGCUGGCAUUUGUUAACUUUUGAACUUUCAACAGCUGGAAAAAUACUCAGCCAAGGGAGUAGACAUAACAUCCAGAGUGUAAAUAGGAAAUAACUUUAUGGUGCAGAGCGUAAAAGAAAUAUUUACUGUUCUUCAUGCAAAAUUAAUGCCUUAGAAGGAGAUUUUAAAAAAUGUGGCAGCAUUGAGUCUGAUUUCUGUGGAAGCUCAGAGCUGACAACCAUCCAUACAUCGUUUUCCUUCAAUUGCAGUGAUGUUCAUUUUUUUAUUGGAGAUAUAUUUUUCCCUGAUUCAAUAUAUAAUGACUCAGUCCAGUAUAUGCAAACUCAAAUUUAAACAUUUUGUUUAGAUCUAGUGCCUUCAGUAGAAAAAGUAAAUAAAAGCACCAGCUCAUAUUUGAUCAUUUAUGGUAAGUUGAAACAACAGGAGUUUAUUCUUCGUCACAGGCAGAUGGGGUAAAUACAAUGUACGAAUGCGUGUCCACCUCAGGCUUCCACACAAUACUGUAAAACCAACCUUUGUGCUGUUAAGACGAAUAAUACAUCUAAUGUGAGGGUAAAUCAAACUAAACACCAAUAAAAGUCUUUAAGCGAAAUAACAUCAAGUUAUCUGGACAGUGAACAUGUCGACAUGCACAACACACUGUUUCAAGUGUUUUCACAUAUUUCACUGGUUAUGUCAUGGCUGCUAACUGAAAUAAAAAGGGUCCAGUUGUGCUCUGUUAUGAAAGCUCGGUACUCUGUGGUCUUACUCGUAGAUAAAGGGAACCUGUUACGUGAAUAAAACAAAAGACGAGUUACAGGAAAAGAGCAGAGUGGAAAAAAUGUGAAGUAGAUAAAGUUUGUCAUGAUGCCAACAAAUGACCUUUCCAGCUGGGCCUGUGUUUGUUUGUGUGUGUGUGUGUGUGUGUGUGUGUGUGUGUGUGUGUGUGUGUGUGUGUGUGUGUGUGUGUGUGUGUGUGUGUGUGUGUGUGUGUGUGUGUGUGUGUGUUCCAUAAGUCUAACAGAGCCUCAUACUUCAUGUGUCAGACAGUUGGAGAUGCUUCAGGGGGCAGUAA